AUGGCGCCCUCCCUCGAAGAGCCGGAGCCCGUCGGCGACGUCCUCUCCAACCCCCUCAAAUCCAAGCCGCAACUCGUAGCCCCUGAACCGGAACACUGUCCCGGCCCCGAAUCCCAGCAAGCAGGCACUGCAGACUCCUGCGCCGGCUGUCCAAACAAAGCGAUAUGCGCCUCCGCACCGAAGGGUCCUGACCCUGACAUACCAUUAAUAUCCGCGCGUCUGUCGGGAAUCAAACACAAAAUCUUAGUCCUAUCAGGCAAGGGUGGCGUGGGUAAAAGCACAUUCACAUCUCUCAUGGGUUACGCCUUCGCGAUGCGCGAAGAGAUCAAUGUUGGCAUCAUGGAUACUGAUCUCUGCGGACCUUCAAUACCGAAAAUGAUGGGCGUCGAGGCAGAAACGAUACAUGUGUCUGGCACGGGGUGGUCGCCCGUCUACAUGUCCGACAAUCUUUCUGUGAUGUCGAUACAGUUCAUGCUGCCAAACCGCGACGAUGCCAUCAUCUGGCGGGGACCCAAAAAGAACGGCCUGAUUAAAAAGUUUCUGAAGGAUGUGGACUGGGGUGACCUCGAUUUCCUGCUCGUUGACACGCCACCGGGAACGAGCGAUGAACAUUUAAGCGUGAACAGUUUCUUGAAAGAGAGCGGGAUCGAUGGUGCCAUUAUGGUCACCACACCACAAGAGGUUGCGCUGCUGGAUGUGCGGAGAGAGAUCGACUUCUGCCGGAAAGCUGGGAUCAGGGUAUUAGGAUUAGUUGAGAAUAUGAGCGGGUUUGUGUGCCCAAAUUGCACGCAUGAAAGUCAGAUAUUCAGAGCUACAACGGGCGGAGGCAGGGCACUCGCGAAAGAGAUGGGAUUGCCGUUUUUAGGCGAGGUGCCACUGGACCCGAGAAUUGGCAUGGCGUGUGAUUAUGGCGAGAGCUUCUUCGACGAAUAUCCUGAUAGUCCGGCAUGCAAAGCAUUGAAAGGGGUGGUCAGGAGGUUAGCGGAGGAGAUGGGGGUUGAUCCCCAGUUGGUGUCGCCUGACGACUAA